CUUUCUUUUUUUCCUUCUUCUUUUUUUUAUUUUUUUUUAAAAAACCCAUCCUCAUUGAGUGGGUCCUGGUUUAGGAGUGGGCUGUGGAUGCGGUUAUUAUGCCCACACUUUUCAGACGAGCCGUGCCGAGUUGUCACGCCUCGCUGCUGCAUGGUCCUGCACGGUGCCGCCGCGGUGUGUUGUAGCCGAGUUUGAGUCGCAGCCGCUCGGCGUCUCAGGCUCCGCCGUUCCCGGUGCUCUAUCUCCUGCUCACUGAGCCAAACCUCUUUCUUUUUUACGCUUCAAAGCUGCUAGUUCUGCUGCUGCCCGUGGGAGAUUUACUCAGCAGACAACCGACCUUUUAAAGUUUUUGUCGUGACGUUUCUAAUCACCGGGAGUACGGAGGAGCUGCAGCACCGGGAACCAUGAGCGGACACGGGGACGAGGCCGGGCAGAGCUCCGGCUCCCAGGAGCCCACGGGGGCCGCGGAGCCCCAGAAAAGGAGGCCGGGGAGACCGAGGAAGCCACAAAAAGAGCCCAGUGGAGAGCCUGUCCCCAAGCGACCGAGGGGCCGCCCCAAAGGAAGUAAGAACAAGGGCCCCUCCAAGGCAGCGCAGAAGAAAGCCGAGGCAACCGGGGAGAAAAGACCCAGGGGGCGACCGAGGAAAUGGCCACAGCAAGUCGUCCAGAAAAAGCUUGCUCAGGAAGAAGAGGAAGAAGAAGAAGAAGAAGAAGAGGAUGCUGGAGAUUCCCCACAGGAGGACUAAGCUACCACACCAUGAAAUCUCUACCUCAUUCAGCUGUCAGGUCUUUGAAAGGGAAAAGACUGCCUUGACCACUUGUUUUUGACCUUUUCCACAUUACUUUACUUGUUUUAAUUUCAGUUAAAGAAUUACCAUCUUUGCCCCGCCAUCAAACAGGCGGGUCUGUUCAGUUUACGUCUGCAUCUUCAACUCCCUUGAUACAUGUUGAUAUAGACCGUACAAAAAGCAGCAAAAAGAAAUGGAACAGAUAAAAGGAAGCAAAAAGAAAUCUGCUUCAUACAUUCUGCUGGUUUAAAAGAUCAAAUCAGGAAUAGGACAGACAUGUCAUCAGCCGUGUACAACACAUUUACACUCGGCAAUGAGAAUACACUAAAAAGACAGAUACAAUGGGUGAGUAAGGGUCCUUUUGAGCAUCAUAUUCACAUAUGGGUGACCAGGUGUCCCACUUGGUGCGCGACUGUGCAGCAUUUUUAUAAUUUGUCCCACCAGUUGAGGCCGUGUCCCCCAUUGGCUGUGUCGGAUGUCAAUCAAUCAACAAAGUCUAGAAAUGAAUAUACUUAUGGGUGUAGAGGGCGAUUCCCAAAGAGAUUUUUGUGACCAGCUCCAGACUCAGAGAUUGCAAAGAAAUAUCAUGUGGACAUGUUUUGUUGGAAAAAAAAAAUCCAUCAAACCAAAUUUACAUGAAAGUCCUUUACUUGUAUAGUUUGUUCAAACAAAUCAACCUAAAGUAAUGCAUUGUAAUUAAUAUUUAUAAGCUAAUGGUUUCAAUAGAAAGGUUUAUUUUUUAGGGUUAAAUGGACAUUUUUCUAAAUCUAAACUAGCUCUUAUCAUUGCAUUAACUCCUCCCGCAUUGUCCCACAUACUUUGUCCCACAUUGUUGGCACCUGGUCACCCUAUCUUCACAUGAGUGAUGGCAUUAGGUGGUGCAUCAUACGGCCACUGCAUCUGUCUCACACAGACAGACUGAUACACACACCCUGUCAUUGUCGACAGAUUCUCCAGAUGUUGAUUGCAGAAAAAGAGGCUGGUUUUAUCAUACAGACAUUAAGAACAACUUUCUGCUGUUCCAAUACAUCAGCGUUCGCUCAAUACCAAACAGCCCUAGCCAAUAUUGGUGUUAGAACACGCAGCACAGGGAGACAAAAAGCUCUGUGUAGGACCUAUUGUUAUUCAUAAUUAAUUUUGCACAUCGAAUCCCAAACGGCUCACUUGAGAGAUGGGCUUUGGGUUGAAAACUAGAAGGGAACUCUUCAAGGGAAAACCUCAGACAUCUCACAAUGUUAAUAGAAUUAGAAUUAGAUAGAUUUUUAAUCCCCUCCCCUAAUUUGGAGAAGCUCCAAAAUAUAAGAACUUCUACACUGGCCCACGCUACACCGUUUUACCAAGAUUCUAGAAAAAGAUGGGCCAGUAUUAGCAGAAAUAAACAUGACCUCUUUCGUGUAGCCCAUUUUAACGAAUGAUCGAUCAAUUAUUUUAUUGUGCGAUCAUCAACAAAACACGAGUUGAUAUUCCAGCGAUGCCUCUAGUAUACAUGUUAAACUUUAAUGUGUAUUUACCCAGGAUGGUGUCAGUGUUACUUGAAAGACCAGAACUUGAACACUACAUGCUUUGCUCUCCCUGUUGUUGGUGGACUGCCACACCUCUUUCACUGCUCCAGAAAUACCGUAAAACCUCUUCACAUCCUCCACUACCAAUCAUUGCAUCAGACUACUGUAUACCAUUUGUUCACAUUUACAUUUUCAGGCUCGUGUACAUAGCUUCGUUCAUUUUGCGCAACAUAGCUUUAAAACCUCAAUUUAAUCAUUGAUGUCACACUGCAAAAAAAAUCCUCAGACUUACAAAAAAGAAAACCCUUAAGAACAAAAACCACAAGAACAAAACACACAUUACCUCAUGACACACUUGAUACCUGGAUUUAGUGGCAACGUGACAUUGGAUGUUACGCAAUGUAACUCCAGGAAGCCUUACGUUUGAGGUAACCUGACGGUAUGCCAGCGCUUUCUGGUCACUGAAAUGCAAUAUCUUAUCAUGAUUUCAAACUACCUCUGACUCAGCACAACCAGCUAAUGAACGCCGUUUGCUAAGUACACACAAAUAGAUGCCUGUGUGGUUCGGAUAUUUGUGUUGGAACUUUAUACUGUACAUUAAAGCGAGGUCAUCCCGGUUGGUUGUAGUCUUGUCAUGGAGGAACAGGAAGAUGUCGGCAACUGUUACAUUUGAUUCAGUCAGGUAAAGACUACAAAACGCAUAAAGAAGCAAAAGGUCAGAUUUGACAGAGCCAUGUGCAUUAAAGGAAAAUUAUUUUGACCGUCUUUCCUGUGGGUUAUGACAAACCAAGUGUGCGGAUAUGAAGAAUAUUAAAUCAUCCACGAAUCUGACAAAACUUACCAUAUUCGACCUAAAGAAAGUGGUGGUGUUUAGCUUUAAUCUCAUCAUUUGAGGAACUUUUUUAAAGUGAAAACAAAACCCCAAAUUAUUAUUUUUUUUAAUGACAAUUGUACUGUAAAAGAACACCGAUCAAGCCUAGAAUCAGUCAAGCAAGACUACAAGAAAAAAAAUGUGCUAUUGAAAAAGAAUACUAGAUUCUUACAUAAGAUGCAGUUUGUCUCCAUCAACGCUCGGCUCUGGCUCGUCUGACAUUUCCUUCUUUAGAGAUUUUUGGGAAAAAGCAUUGAUUCAGUGAUCUGUCUUUUUAUACUUAAAAAAACAAAACAAAAAAGCAGCUAACAUAUUACGUAUUGUUAUUUCUUAUUUACCUUAAUUUUAAUUUGUAUCUUAACAUUGUAAUGAAACAUAUUUAGCAUUAUCUGCAAACUGGGACUUCUGUUUGACAAACUGUUAACUUGAAUUUAUUUUCUUCUGAUUUACAAAACGGUUUAUUGAGGAUCAAGUGUUCGUACAACACUUCAUGAUAAAACUACAUGUUUAUUUUUUGGCUUUGAAUAGUUAGAGUUGUUUUUUCCUGAGUUAUGUACUACCUACAUAUGUACAGUACCUCAAACAGACCGCUAAAAAUGGACUAUUCAAUUGAAAAAUACCUACCUCCAGUCUCUUUACUUUCUGUAUGAGUUACAUUGAUGUAUGAUAUGAUCUAUAUCAGGACUGCAGAAGCUCCUUACUUAAAGUAUUGUAUCAGAUCAAGCUUCAAAUCUCAGUACAUUUGGAUUCUCACCUUCAAAGUGACUUCAGGUUUUGAAACAGAUGUGUUUGGUUUUUGUAUAUUGUAUUCAUGCGUAUGUUUUCUUGUUUUUAAUUAGUAGAUAUCAAUAUACUUGAUUAGUUGUUUGUGUACUUGACACAAAUGUGAUUUUCUUUUCUUGUGAUAUGGUUUAAACCAGAUGUAUAUGGAAUUGCUUUGUACUUAGUGAUGAAUUAUACCAUUUUCACCCGUCAUCAUGGCAACCUUUGAAACGAUAAGAAGUUAUUUUUAAACUGGGCCUGAGGUAGAGCCUCAGAGGAGCUACAUUGAUCCUGUCAACUUGGCUUCAACAGCAACACCUGUACGGGAAACGGCGACUGUCCAAUGUUCUGACUGUCCAUUAUUUCUGAAACCAUGAAAGUCUUAAAGGUGUCUCAUUAGACCAAAAGCCAAUUUGUCCAACAUUCUAAUAUCCCAUCAAAAAAUUAUGCUGCCUUCACAAGAUACAAAACAACUCUGCCCUGACAUUGCCGUGCUAUAGAGCAGCGGUUCCCAAACUUUUUUUGCGGCGCACCCCCUUCUACGUCCCAACUGGGUUGACUCACCCCCCCAAAAAAACGCAACAAAGCUUUGUUUUAUCGCCAUAUAAAUAACUUUGUCAUGAGACGUUCCACUUGACAGUUUCCCUGAUUUCAGCCAGUUAAUCAUAUUUGAAAGAAUGAAUGAAACGAGUUGGCGCUCAUAUAUCCAAGGCUACAGUGAAACGUAGAAGAAGACAGCGGCUGUCUUCUUCUACGUUUCAAUCAAAAAGUAAUAAAUUAUAGUUUUUUUAUUUAAAAUAAAAGGGAUUACAAAGGAAAUGUUUAUUGUUCCUGUUUUUUUUAUUGUAGCCUAUGAAAAAAUCCCCCUUAAAAAACAACACAGUAAUAUUCUUAAACCAGACCACCAUUACAUGUUUCCUCUCGCGCACUUCCUGGUGGCAGCUCGCGCACCCCACUUUGGGAAUCCCUGCAGAGUGAGCAGUGACGCUUGGCGAGGCGGAAGUGCUACCCUGCGUUGCGUACAAAUCAAAAUUGUCGCCAAACGCUGUGCUCAAAGUUCGCGUUAUUUCCACUUUGACCUUGUUUACGGUGGACCUUUUUAAAAGCGCAACCAAUCAGGUGAAAGCUGUAUGAAGCAGACGAGUUAACUGUUGAAAACUAGCAGUUUUCACCACAAAGUUCUGCGCCAAACCUUGCAGUGAGUGAAGAGAAAAUCCCGUAUCAUGUGAAGGCAGCUUCCCCCCAUGCUACAAACUGAAGCAAAUGGCUAAUUAUUAUGCAUAACGGCAUCAUUUGGCCCACCCAAUGUUUCUCUGCCUCCAAUUGGCUAUUGCUUGGUUAUGUUGCUUAGGUUUAGGCAGUUGGAGUAUUAUUGGUACUUUGAAACAAUUACCGCUGUUCAGGAUACAGCCUGUUGGACAAACUAGCGUUGGUCAUUUUAUACAUUUCUCAGUUUUCUUUUGGUUUUCAGAAAAAAUCUGUCAGAACAAAAGCAUGGCACCAAUGGAGCAGUGGUAAACUCACACUAACCAACAAUCUGCACAGUGUUCUGGACCAUAGAGUUAUCAUCAAACUUUGCCAAUCUUUGUGCUAGGAUUAAUAUACUUAACACUCAGAACUGUGUGUUUACUGGACAAACAGAGACGAUCAUAUCUCAUUUUAAGUUCAAACAAGUAUUUGAUCGGUGUCAGGAGUCUGGAUGGACUAAACCAGUAAUUACAAGUCAGUGAAAUAAUUACUUUUAUAUCCAGACACUGUGCAGGAAAUAAUAUGUCUGGUAAUCAAACAAAUCCAAACAGUCAGGAUCACAAGCUGCUGUAUAAACUGUGUGAACCUGUUGACGCAGCUGAUCAGCAUGUUUACCACAUCUCUUUCAAAUAGACAGCCUUCAUCAUUUAACACCACAUCCAUCAGCCAGAAAGACCCCUUUUAGACCUGGUAUUAACAUGUAAUCUCUCUCUAACUGGAUUACCGAUAAUAAUAAUAAUAAAUACCAAGUGUAAAUUGUGGGUUAAAAUGACACCACUGAGAUCGUCGAGAUCCAAGUUACAACCUUUUGAAUUGUGUCAUUUCCUCCAGAGAUCUGAACCUGAGUUCAGAAGAAACUAAAACACCUGCUGAAGUUCUCUGGAGGUGAUGCUACCUCGCUGUUGGACAGAUUGAUUGUAGAAGCUGUUUACGAGCUUUCACCUCUGGGAGUCUUAAUGAAGUUUCUCUUCAUGACAUCACGUUCUAGUACAAUCGAAUACACAUUACUACCUCCAUAAUGGCCUACUUUUACCUCAUUUUCAAACUUAAAUACUGUUUAAAAUUCAGGUGUCCGUGAGCAUAUGGAGAACAUUUUAAAGUUUUAUAUAUAUAUAGUUUAUUUUUGUGGGGGAUGAAUUUUAUAAGACUGUUUUCUCUGCCUCUGUCACCAUUAGACUAAGACUGGACAUGUAUCCUUUGAAAAGGAUCUUUCUUACAUUAUGCAAUGUUUUGUAGUUAGCUGUGAGGGAACUGGAAGAGAUUUCUCAGCUCUUCCUCUUCCUUGCUCCUUCUGUAUAAUUUCAAAAACCUAUACAUUAUCUAACUUUUAUCCCUUCCUCUAUCCACAUAUUAUUACUGUCUUUCUUUUUCAAAGCAAAUUGUGCGUGCUUGCUAAACAAAGUCUUUAUAGAUAUUCACUGCCUUUUAUCCAGCACAAUAAAAAGUAUGGCAUCCAUAA